UCACCUCACUGAAGCAAAGCAAUGAUCGUUGAGAAAAUUACGAGAAAUAUGAGAGUUUUGUUGUAAUAGAACUUCGACGAGUAAUAUUAUCUCACUACUUCUUCAGCCUGCUUCAUCCUUCUCUUCUUCAAGCUCCCAUUGCUCCAAAACUGAACCAACUGUCCAAUACUGCGGCUGAGUUGGAUGCAUUUUAAGGAUGGCAUGCAUAGAUUAUACUAAGUGCCCAAAACCAUCGACAAGCCCGUUAAACACAGGCAUCAUAGUCGGAGCUUGUGUUUUAGCGGUUUUAUUUCUUGUAGUCUACUAUCUUUGUUAUCGGUCCCGAAUUGUAGUCCGCUCAAAAGAGCAAUUGAAAGCCUGCACCGGAACACUUGAACUGGAAGAAAACUCUUCUUCAGAUGAGCAGCCUCCGACUUAUUCUCCUCCUCGAUUUUUCCGAACGUCGGAGCUAAAAGAUGCUGCCAUGGGGUUGAAUAGGAUAGGAAGAGGAAGCUACGGCUUUGUUUGUAGGAUGUGCUUGCCUGAUGGGAGAAUCGUCGCAGUCAAACGUGCAAGUGCGGCGACAAUAUUCAAUACCGGCAGGGUUGCUUUUGAAACGAACUUGAGAGUGCUUUCCCAAGCCAGAGACCGGAAUAUUGUGAACCUAUUGGGCUACUGCUUGGAGUUUGGUCAAAGACUGCUCGUUUACGAGUACAUGUCGCAUGGCUCUCUUUACAAUCACCUACAUAUUGAACGGUCCCAUCUGGAUUGGGAACUCCGGAUGAGAAUGGCAUUGCAGGCGGCGAAGGGACUGGACUAUCUUCACAGGAAAUGUGAAAUACCGAUAGUCCAUGGCAACGUCAAGAGCUCUAACAUUUUGUUAGAUGCAGAUUGGAGGGCAAAAGUUGCGGAUUUCGGGUUGAUUAAUUCGUCAGAUAAGAAAUCCGACGUAUUUAAUUUCGGAAUCAUUCUCCUGGAGAUUAUAAGUCGUAGAAAAGCUUUUGAUACAGAUUAUACUCCGCCAAGUAUAAAUGAGUGGGCAAUUCCGUUAAUAAGAAAAGGUGAUGGAGUUGCUGUUAUCGAUCAAGAUGGAAUUCUUCUUCCCAAGAAUCUUCAACCCAUUCUGCAAUUCAUUCAUGUUGCAAAUUUGGCUCUCACAGAUGAUCCUAACAACCGUCCUGAGAUGUCCGAGGUAGUCUCUUUGUUGGCUCAAAUUGUGAAGGAUCAAGUGCAAUCAAUUGUAAGCAUGUAGGUGUCAAAAAUAAGCUAUUUUUUCAUUUUAAUUUAAUUUCAAUAGAUGUUGUUCGUUUUUUUAGAUAAAUGAGAUUUGUAAUUUGUUCCAAGUUAAUAAUUAGUUAA